AUGGGUGACGGCAAAAACGUGCAAAUCCCCCAGUGUCCACGAGAAAAGUUGGAGAAAGACCAAGUCCGCUACCUCACCCGCGACGAGCGUAGGGAUUACCUGGUGACGGUCGACGAGAGGGGGGCUUUUCAGCUGGUGUGGACAAGUACUGCACGUUUCAAAGAUAGUCUUCAGGGCAUUGUCGGCAUCGAAGAAGAUGUUCCUCAAUUCAGUGGAAACUCGACAACGCUACAACCGGAAUCCACCUCAAAUCCACCAUCGUGCUCUUCGUCAUCAUGUUCGUCGUCAUCCACAACGGAGAGCCUUAACAGUGUACUUUCAGAUCAAGACCCAAAACCUUUUACUGAUGAGGAGUAUAAGGCCGCGAAGCUGAUGAAGAAAGUUGUGCAUGCCAAUCCGGCCGUUGCAUUCAAACGACUUUUAGGCAAGUCCUCUAAGAAAGAAGACACAUGGCUGUUCGUUGCAGAUACCUCUUUUCGCUUAUACAUUGGCAUCAAGAAAUCAGGUGCCUUUCAGCAUUCAUCUUUCCUUCGUGGUGCUCGAAUCGCAGCGGCUGGAAUAAUCAAGUUCGAAAACGGUCAAGUUCGAAGCUUGGCGCCAUUAAGCGGUCAUUAUCGGCCUCCAGCCGCUAAUUUUCGGGCAUUCCACCACGCCCUACAGCAGCAAGGUGUCGAUAUGUCCCAUGUUUCCAUGAGCAAGUCUUAUAUCAUGCUUGCUGGAAUUCAAGGAUACAGUAAAACAAAACGCAAGAUGCAUGCGAUCCAUGAAAGGUUCGAAAAAUCCAAGACCAACUUGCAUACAUCGGAAGAGUGA